AUGUAUUCGUCCAAGGAGAUAUGUCAGCUCAACCCUCCUCGAAAUCUCCAGCCAAGCGACUGGGUUAUCGAGCUUCCCCAACAUGCCGUUCAAUCCGGAACACCUCUUGCGAUAGCCCGACAACAAUACCAAACCGUCCGACUGGACAGAUUGAUUGGGUACAUUGAGAAUCGCUUCCACAAGGGAUGUUGCUUCUAUGAGUUCCUGGAUGAGAACAAGGAUCAAGAUUCACUGCCUGGCCAAACCCUCGUGACGAACCUAUUCGCCUAUCAUGAGAUCGAACACUGGCCAGGUGCGAAGGCACACGUCAAGUGGACUGAAUUUGUCAUGGAAAAUCUCGAGUACGAUGCGCAGGCUGAAGCUCAAGCUUCGGAACAAGGUCUAACUUUGCCUCCUCUUCCACUAGAGGCCGUUCCCAUUUUCAGAGCGAUGCAAUUGAGCGAAGGCCCAAAACUCGCAAGGAAAGCAAUUCGAUUGAGAACAUCUAUCCAGGAACUUACUGCUUACAAAUUUGAGCGAGUUGGUCAGAACGUCCAUACUCGCACUCCUUCUGAUGUACCGCAGCCUGAUGAAGGUCCAAAUAGCAAACGCCCCCGACUUGCUGUUCUCUGUGAGCCAGACCAUGGGAUAUCGUCUUCUCAGCCUGAGGGAAUCUCUGGUCAUUCGAUCGACACCCAAAAGCAAGGAGUACUGUCAGAAGGAGAACCACUCGAACCGCAAGCUGCAGCACAAACUCCAUCUGCGCCUCUUCCACCCACCAGCCGUCCUGGCAUCUUUCUUGAUGUGCUCCUACCCCACUUCGGCAUUCAGACCCGUCUGGAGAGCCAAUACCUGGCUGCAGCAUGCUGCAGACCCGAAGUCUUUCAACGCAUUGCUACUGGUCAUGGAAAGUGGACAACGCAUACUGUCAAGAACCUGCAUCGUUUGAUGCUUCGGAUCAUCUUCUCCCACCAAGAAUCGACCAGUAAGUCAUUUGACGUCUGCUAUGCUUUGGCCAGGCAGAAGAUUCAUGGAUUCGCCGAGCGCGCUUUCUUGAUGUGGCAACAGGCUAACCCCUCUGUCCCAUUUGACGGGCAGAAAGACUUCCCUAACUGGCUGACGAAGAUGUGGGAAUACAUAUUCACAACAAUUCGACACACACACUCUAUUCCAGCUGAUAUGUCUCCAGACCGUGCCGCAGUCAUUUCCAAGCAUCAGCAUCUCAUAGCAAUGUCACGCCAGCAGAGGAUCUUACGGAGUUGGUCAACCCAGCUGAGUGCACGAGCUGCUCAACAUGGGCAGGUGAGGUUUCGUGCUGAAAAAAAUUGGUUGCUGGAUUUGUGGACUGGAAAAGUGGUUGGACAGCCACAUCCAGAGACAGGCGAAACGACUGAUCCGACUUUGAGCCCCUCUGCUCGACAUAUGCUUGCGUUGACUGCUGCUCCAACUUCUACGCUGCCCCCGCCAGAUGGUGGAACAGUGCAAGUCGAUACAACACAGGGUAUUGCAACCGUCAUAUCUUCAGAUCAGCAAUCCGGCCUUAACGGAGACUCUUGA